CUAGUACGAGGAUGUGAUUUGAUACCAGGCCCCAUAAGUAAAGCCAUAAGACUUGCAAAACCAUCUCAGUACGAGCCAACCCUCAACUGAACGCCAUGAGAACCUCGUCAUUCCUCCUUGUGCUUGUUCUCUCAAUCCUUCACUUGGCUUCUCAACCUUCCUCUGGAACUCUCGCUACUUUGCGCAUAGGCGACUCUCUCUCCGUUGACAAACCAGAUGACAUCCUCGUCUCCAAGUCCGGCAUCUUCUCCGCUGGGUUUUAUCCCGUCGGCAAGAACGCUUACUGCUUUGCCAUCUGGUUCAGCCAUCCGCCGUGCAGCAGCCAGAACUGCACCGUAGUUUGGACGGCAAACCGCGACAAGCCUGUCAAUGGGAGAUACUCCAAGCUUUCCCUUAAAAAGAAUGGCGAUCUCGUGCUAACCGACGCCAGGCACGACGUUGUUUGGACCAUAGACACGGCCUCACUCUCGUGGUCAAAGACACCUGAUUGUCAGCUACAGCUCCUAGACUCUGGUAAUCUUGUUCUUCGUGGCAGGGAAGGCAAUGUCCCGUUGUGGCAAAGCUUCGACUACCCAACCGACGUGCUCCUCCCUGAACAGAACCUCACUAGGAACACAACGCUGGUUUCCUCUCGGAGCAACGGCGACUUCUCUUCGGGCUAUUACAAGUUGUACUUCGACAACGACAACGUCCUUCGUCUCCUCUUCGACGGACCUCUGAUCUCCAGCGUGUACUGGCCAGACCCGAGCCAUGUGAGUUGGGAAGUUGGAAGAACAACCUACAACGAUAGUAGAGUUGCAGUGCUCGAUUCCCUGGGGAAUUUCACUUCAUCCGACGAUCUGAAAUUCCUGACGUCGGAUUUUGGCAAGAGAACCCAACGAAUAUUGAAGGUUGAUCAUGAUGGCAAUGUAAGGGUCUAUAGUAGAAGAGAAAAUGGGAAAUGGGUUGCAACAUGGCAAGCCAUAUCUGAGUCAUGUACAAUUCAUGGGAUUUGUGGACCAAACAGCGUUUGCAGCGACAGCCCAAGCAAAGGAAGGAGAUGCUCUUGUCUUCCUGGAUAUGUGUGGAACAAUGACACCGAUUGGACUCAAGGAUGCAUGCCCGAAUUCGAGAGCUUCUGCAACAAAAGUUCCAAAGCUCAUGUCGAUUUCCUGCAUUUGCCUCACCAUGAUUUCUACGGAUAUGAUAAGGACUACUUUCCAAACACUACCUUGGCGGCCUGCAAGAAAAUAUGCGCUGAUCUUUGCAAUUGCAAAGGCUUUCAAUACAAAUUCCAGGGGGACAGUGGGUACUUCGACUGUUUCCCCAAGCUACGGCUGUUAAAUGGAUAUUCUUCGUGUUCAUUCAUUGGGAGCAUCUAUUUGAAACUACCAAAAGCCAAUCUCUCUUCUUAUGAAAUACGCACUACAGAGGUCAUCCCACUGCCCUGUCCACCAGAAAUUCAAGAAGUUGUCCUCCAGAGGACGUAUCUGAAGAGUCGUGUGAGCUCGACACUUGAGAUCUUGCUCAUUUUCGCUUCAGUGUUAGGCGGAGCGGAAAUUGUCGUGGUCUUCCUCACGUGGUCCUUCUUGAUCAGGACUGAUCCCAACAGAAGGGGAGGUCAUGUUAAGGGAUAUCAACUUGCGGCGAGAGGAUUUAGAAGGUUCACAUAUGCCGAGCUAAAGAAAGCAACCAGGAACUUUAGCAACGAGAUUGGAAGAGGAAGUGGGGGGAUUGUGUACAAGGGUGUCUUGCCUGAUCAUGGGGAAGUGGCGGUCAAGCGGCUAAACGAGGUGAAUCAAGGAGAAGAAGAGUUCCUGGCUGAAGUGAGAACAAUUGGGAAUCUCAAUCACAUGAACCUGAUUGUGAUGUGGGGUUACUGCGCGGAGGGAAAGCACUGGCUCUUGGUCUAUGAGUUCAUGGAUCACGGUUCCUUAGCGGAGAAUCUUUCUUCCGAUCAGCUCGACUGGACGAAAAGGUACGAGAUCGCGCUGGGAUCGGCCAGGGGACUCGCUUAUCUUCACGAAGAGUGCUUGGAAUGGGUUCUCCACUGCGAUGUGAAGCCACACAACAUACUUCUCGAUUCUAAUUACCAACCAAAGGUGGCGGAUUUCGGGCUGUCCAAGAUACUCAAGAGGGAGGGCCUGAAAAACUCAAGCUUCUCAAGAAUUCGAGGAACGAGAGGCUACAUGGCUCCUGAAUGGGUCUACAACAUGCCAAUCACCUCCAAAGUAGACGUGUACAGUUAUGGGAUUGUCGUGUUGGAGCUGGUGACCGGCAGGAGUCCAACAGGAGGGCUGGCAAAUGCUGAGGGCGGUGAUGAGAACGAGAGCAGAAGGUUGACUUCUUGGGUGAGAGAGAGGAAGAGAACAGGAGCUCCCAUGGAGACAUGGAUAAAGGAGAUCCUGGAUCCAAGGCUGACGGGGGAAUACGACAUGAGGAAGAUUGAAGUUUUGGUUGCGGUGGCGCUGCAGUGUGUGGAGGAGGACAGGGAGGCGAGACCCCCCAUGAGCCAGGUGGUUGAGAUGCUUCUGCGCCAUGAAAGUGAGGAUAUGUAGUCCGCUUCAAACAUGAACUGCUCGUGUUUUAUCUCUAAAUAAACCUAGGAAAGAUGGUUUAGUGGGCGUUAAUCUCUGUAUAUUCUU